GGCGCUGACGUUGGCGCGGUGCCACCUUUCCACCUAACUCUUUCUCUCUCUCUCCUCAUCCAUACAUCUGAUCUUCUUUCUUCUUCUUUUCGCCAGCACACACUUGAAGGCGUCACUGGCUCUCCAUUCUUUAGGCAAGAAGAACAGUACGUAUACGUCUGAAUCCUAUCGUUUUCUUUUAAUAUACAUAAUAUCCGUUUACGUGGCGGAGAGCACCUGCGGGCAAACACGUUCCUUCGGCUACUGCUGUUCUAUACUCUCUCACACACACACCGUUGUGCACCGGCGUUUUACUUGUUUGCUUCGUCUACUCCGGCGUCGCGUUAUUCUCUCUUCUCUCUUUUUCUUUUCCUUGUUUGUGGUUGCUGCUGUGCGCUUCUAGAUACACGGCACCCGACUUUUUAACAAGGGCGUCUAAGGGGAGGGGUGUUCUCUUCCUCCAUAUAUUUUCUCUUUUAGUGAUUCGCAGCCGAAUCCCUUUUCCGCUUCUUCUUCUUCUUCGCUUUCUCUCUCACACCCUCUCCUGCGCUCUUCGUACACCCUCUUUCCGUUUCCGCUUACGUGCGCUAUCUCUCCUUCUCUCUUCGCCCGGUAUCGCUCUUUCUUCCAACGGUUGUCUCUGUUCUCGGCUGCCUUCGGCUUUUCAUUCCCCCCUUCUCCUUUAUAUAUAUAUAUAUCCAUUUCUUUCGACUUGUUCAUUCCCCUUAACAGCAUUAACAACCUCUGCUUCCUUCUUCCUCUGCCUUCUUCUUCUUGGGCGUUUUACGCGAGACAGUCAUCUCUCCCUUGCCUCAUUUUUUUGUCUCUGAUCCCGCCUUCAAAUAUAUAUAUAUUUAUUGCUUCCGAGGCGAUUCACGAGUGUUCUCGCUCGCACUGGACACUUCGGUGCGCCGCCGGGUUUUGCGUACCUGGGAGAUCCAACCCGACGGGGAUCAUCGAGGAGAACAGACGGCCCUGUUGCCUCGUGCCAGCCGUCUUCACGCGCGAGAGCAGAUACUUGCCUCUCCAUUUGCUUUUUCCCCCACACGAUGCCCACCCCCGUACCUUCGGCGGAGUCCGCCGCGUCGACUCCGCCAAGGUCGUCUUCUGCGUUUUCUUCCUUCUCCUCCAUGUCAUGCCACGGCCUCCACGGCAGCGUUGCCAAUCCCGCCGAGGCAGGCACGACGCUCCCGAGCAGGUCCGCGUAUCCCUUCACGCAACCCCGCACCCCUCUCCCGCCGCGUGAGGCGUCUGAAGAGACGGACACUGCUCGUCACACGAACAUCGCCUCCCCUACCAGCCCUGCCACGCCCACGAGGCCGCUGCAGUGGGUGACCGCCACACCGCCGCUGCACCCCGCACCGUCGUCUGCGCCGCCGCCGUCGCCGGCCGCACCGUCCGACACGCCCCUCCUUUUCUUCUCCCCCGUCUCGGUGGACGAGCGGCCGUCACAGGGGCGUCAUCGCCGCCACCCGUCGUGGGCGGAGGGCGCGACGUCCGCAACGGGUGGUGCGGCACGCGGGGACGCGCUGGGCACGGCCUCGCCGUCGUCCCCGCCAAGACGGGCGUCGGUCACGAGGCGUGACAACGCGCCUGCACGCGCCCGCACUCCACGCGGGCGGCUGCCGCGGCAGCCGGAGGAGGAGGAGGAACUCACGCAGCUGGCGCGUUCGCUGCGGUCGGAGAUUGUGGGGGAGCCGUUUUUGCUCACCACCGCCUUCAGCCCCGUCUCGCGUGGACCGGGCAGCGGCAGCCGCGCCUCCUCCGCGCUGUCGAGCACGUCAGCGGCUGGAAGUGCCGGCGACGGCGCGGGCGGUGGUGCCGGGAGGCGGCCGAGUGUACCGCGACAGGGAGCGGAGGGCACGCACUCUGGCCUAGCGACUUCUGCUGCCAGCGGUGUUCCCCCUACUCUGCUCACCCCUUCAUCCAGCCCGUGGGGCUCGCCCCUUCAAGCGACGAAGGAAUCUUCAAUGUCCGCAUCUGGGCGCUGGCUCACGGGGCCGCCACUGCCGCUUUCACCGGGUAGCCGCGGCGCAGGUGCAGGAGGGCGAGAGGAGAGGAGUCAGGGUCGCGCUCAGGUCGCGGACGGACACGCCGGCAGCGGUACCGAGUCAUCGACGGAGGCGGCGCAGCGACCACCACACACAGCGGAAGAAGAAGGCCCACCACAAACCUCCCCGACGCCGCACAGCAGCGGUGUCGACGGCAACAACGACGCUGUCCGCGACGGGUACGUGGACGGCCUGCACAGCGAGGCGGAGCUGCGACAGCGUUUGUUGACGGAGGAUUUCUUUUCCAGUCCGUUCCGCAAACUUCGCCGCGACGGAAUAGUGCCGUGGAAGCUGAUCACCAGCGUCGUGCUCUGCGUGCUGUUGCUGCUGCAGGUGAUGUGGUAUCAACUCCCGCUGGCCCGCGCCAAUGCGUCCAUGUGUCGCGCGAUAACGGAGCAAUUUAUGGGCGAAGACUUCGAAAGCAAAGGCCACGGCGACAUCGUCGCGGCGCCGACGGCGUGGAUGGAGGGCCUCUACGCCUCGGUGGAGCACUACGUGGAGGUGUACUACAACCUGUCCAACACGUCCUCGAGCGACAUGAACUACUACGCCGCGCCGCCGGUAUACGAUAACGGCAGCACGGCUGUCGUCAUUCCUCCCUUGUGGCCGGAGGCGAGGAAUCGCUCCACCGCGGUGCGAGAGAGCGCGGUGGCGACGACGGCGACGACCGCCCCGCCGUCGCAACUUCCCAGAUCUUUUUCCUCGAUCGCACCGGUGCGGAUGCGGGUGAGCGUGGACGCCUUCUCGCGGCGCGAAGGUGUCCGGCACGUCGACGCGUCGUCUACGAGUCCCCUCGCGGCGCUGCUCCAGGCCCGCCAACUGCCGUGGAGCAGCGCCGCCCCGCUCUCCGCCGCCGGCCGGUCCGGCGAGGACGAGGUGGAAAGCAGCGAGACGCGUUGGCUGACCUUCUUCGUUGACGCGGCACACCCGUUGGGACCGUUUGCGAAGUACCGCGACGCGGCCCGUCGACUCCGCAAGGCGGGCAAGCGGCAGCAGCAGCGGGAGCGGCAGCGGCGACGGCGUCAGGCGCAGGCUGGAGACGGCCUCGACAACGGCGCAAGUCCUGUGAAGCGCACUGGGGAGCUCGGUCCGAAUAGCACCGAGGACGUGUUGCCGUCGGCUGGUGAGGUGGAUGCAGCGCUGGCGAUGGUGUGCCGGCCGCGUCUGGAUGGGCUGUCGGGUCGCUACUAUCGACCCUGCGCGUCCGUACCAUCGACGUUCUCCACCGCAGCGCCACGGACGGCCGAGGAGGACGCGUCACCACCGCCGCCGUCGUCAUCGCCGUCCAGUUUCUUCACUGAGUUUUCGCUGAUGGACAACGUGCGCGCCAUCCACCUCGCAGUGACGCUACGCCACGAAACCGGUGACGGCAGUCACACGGACCUCCCUCAGCCCACUGGCGCGCCCGCUGAGGCGAGUGGCGGGGCGGAAUCGUCGCGCGGUCUGCCGCGUCUCCAGGGCGUGACGGGUCGCGCGGCGACGGCGGAGUCGGCGGUCUUUCAGUGGCAGGUAGAGAAGGCUAUCCAGGUGCGCCCGGGGGGUCUAGUAGAGACGCGGCUGCACGUGCAAACGCGCAUUUGGCCCAAGGGCAGCUCCGUCCGUCAGCGGUGGGCGCCGUCGCACGGGAUGGCAGCGCUGCUGGGCGUACUGGCGGUGUUUGAACUCAUCCUGCGCGGGCGGGCGCUGUGGCGCAUCAAGCGGUACAAGGACGGCCUGCGCAAGGAACGUCUCGCCUUUCACUCACGGCAGAUGUGGCUGCAGCGGGAUGGCCUGCCACGCCGACAUGGAGCUGCUGGAGGUGGUGAAGCAGCGACGGCGCGAGACGGCCAAGCGACGUGUGCGGGGCGACGCGUGACGGCGACGGCGCCGAUCCCGUACGAGUGGGGGUUCCCCGGCACUCCUGCUGUGCCGUGUCUGCCCGCCGGGGCGGAGGCAGCGGCGGCAACGUCGUCCCUUUCGCUGCCAGAGCCCGCGAGGACGAAGUACGGCACCAUCGCCCUCACCUCCGCGGUGGAAGAGGCAUCGGGCUCUCCGCACAGUGCCCGGGGUGCGGGUAACGGAGAAGGCGGGAGUGAUGGGGCGCGUGGGACAGCACAACCACCGCUCUUCGCCGCAGACGCGGCAGGGGCGCUGUCCGCGUACUCUGAAUCGACCCCGUUGCUGAUGCGGGACACCUCGCUGGGCAUCAUCGCCGCAUCGCACUUCGCUGCCACUGUCAGUGCUGGUGACGCGGCACGUUCCGUGAGAGACGCAGCGGAGGAAGGGGAGGCAGAGGUGCGCGUAUCUCCUGCCCUUGACACUGCUGCUGCUGCUGUCAUGCACACCCCAACCGCUACGUGGCUGGACAGCCAACUCCGGCGCGCCCUUCCUCGAUCCGUUUCACGCGUGCAGCCGGCCCGCCAGCACGUCGCGACGCCCAUCGCCGCGAAAACUUCGAAGAACUCGCUCGGUGAGUGGAUGCGCUCCCCGCGCGUUGGCUCGCCGACCACGGCGGGUGUCGCACGGGGGUCCGUCCGCACCCCCCUUCUCGGGCUGUCGCCGCUCACGCCGCAGUUGUCGGAGCAGAUUAUGGAGCGCAGCUACGUUGACCUGCGCACCACCUGGCGCCACCACCUGCAACAGACGAUGGGGACGGGUUGGCACUGGAUCGGCGUCAUCGCGGCGGUCCUCACGCUGAGCUACAGCGCGCUGCUGCUUCUCCCACUGCUGCCCCACGCGGAGGUGGCGCAGGAUGGGCGGUACGACGCGCUGACCAGCGUCUUGCUCGGGACCGCCGCGCUGACAUCGUGCAUGUUGCUGCUGAGCUACCUGCGCUUCUUCCCCACCUUGUACUUCCCCAUCCUCGCCUCCACCUACGUGCUGCCGAAGCUGUUCCUCUUUGCGCUGUGCGUGUCGCCGCUCUUUUUCGGCUUCGCCGUCUUCUUCAAGGUCGCCUUCGGGCCAUACUCAGCCGGUCACUUCGACUCCUUGGGCUGGGCCAGUAUGGGGCUCUACCUGAUGACGUACGGCGACUCCCUCCUCGACACCGUCGAUGUGAUUGCCGACACGCCGUACGCGGUGACGGCCUUCUUCGCGAGUGUGAUGGUGGUCACCUUCGUCCUACUCUUCAUGAUGAUCAUGCUGAACAUCGCCAUGUCCAUCACGCAGCACGAGUGGCUGCAGCUGCGCCGACGCUUCGGCGCGGCGUUGAGCAGCUCCAACCUUCUCUUUUUCGUUCGCAGCCGGGAGCAGGUGAAGACGGAGGCGGUGGAGGCGGUGCGCACCAACUUGGAGGUGCUGUGGUUUAUGCUGGCGGAGGAAGAGGAGGAAGAGGGCGAAGAGAGGGCACACAAUGCACGAGAGCAGCCGCCGUACGCCGUGAGCGCCAGCGGAGCAGAGAGCGAGUCAAGCGCGGGGUUGGCGUCGUCGUCAUCGCCAGACGAACGCGGGAAGAAGGAGCAGGACGGCAAGCCUGAUAGACGGCGAGGUGCUCACGAUCCCCGGCGGCACCGCGGCGACACGGGAGAUACGCCGAAGGACAGCGUUGACGACGACAACACUGAGGGGAAUUCAACGAGAGGGAGUGCGGUAGGUCGGGGCGUACCGGGAGACAAGUCAUCUUACGAUGUCUCGGCGGCGACGACAGUGCCGCCAGACUGA